GAAAUAGAUAAAAUGGGCCAAAUUUCGGAAUUCACGAUUUCUUAAAACAAGAGAUUGUUUUGUACGUGUUCACUACACAAUUAAUCAGCGGACUCAGCUAUUUUUUGAGCGGCUCGGGGCUGUAUAAUGGGUGGUGAAGCCCCUGCGGUCAGCGAAAAGGAGAGAGAAAUGGAUGACGCUUCGCUGUGUCCUGUAGGGUCCUCUAUAAAUAUACAAUGCGCCUGAUGCAGACCCAUGCGCAUAUAGGUCAUAUAUACGUAUUAGGUGUUUCAAAUACUCAACUGCUCAAUCAAGAUUAAUGUGGAUUUUAUAAAAAAAAAUUCAAGGAAAGGAAGUGUUCUAUAUAGCUACGGAUAUUGAUGGAUUGAAUUUUACAUUCAAAACAAAAAGUUACGCAGUGUUUGCCUUGAAAAUUAAAAAUCCAGAUCAAAAAGUUACCAUCGAUCUACAACUGUUUGCUAGGUAGCUAUGUAGUAGAGGACAAGAUUAAGGGAUUUGGAGUUGUCUGUACUUGUAAAUAAAACCUGAUGUUUCCAUAGUUAAUUAAGCACCCCUUCAAGAAUUUACUCAAGGACUUCAUGGGAUUCGCCUACUGAUUUCAAAUGACCUUUUUAAAUACUGUGUUGUUUUAUUGCCUUCGCUGACAGCGUGCGGUUUAGGGAUCCAAGUUCUCGGUUUAUGUGAUAUAUAGGUCUACAUGUAUGGAAGACUCCCUAGAUAAUUCAGAUCGGAAAGGCACCCCUAAGAUAAUUCAGUUGAUCAGACAAGCCCAGGGACUAGCGCCUAACCCAGAGGAAGAAUCGGCCCUCAAAAAGCUGACCCCGCACGUGCCUGGCAUUGUCACGUUCGCCAAUCACUCACGUGCACUGCCAUGGACAACUUCCUACACAACAGUGCUGAUGUUUGCCGACAUUUCAGGUUUCACCGCAAUUUGCGAGAAAUAUGGUGCCAUGCAGAAUGCGGGAAUCGACCAAUUAACCAAAACGCUGAAUGAUUACUUGGGAGAAAUAGUGGAGAAUAUCUUAUCAUCGGAGGGGGAUGUCCUGAAAUUUGCAGGCGAUGCUAUUCUUGCUGUGUGGAGAGUUAACGAUGACACCGAAUUGAAUGCUACCGUGGAUCAAGUGGUCAAGUGCUGUCUAAACAUCCAGGACAGAUGUGGCGCCUGGGAGACCGAUAUAGGGGUCACUCUCACCGUCAAAAUGGGUGUAUCAGCCGGAGAAAUGUCCGUGACAUUCCUUGGUAAUGACGAGUAUAGGGUGUACGUGGAACUAGGACCAGCCAUCCGUGAAGUCAACGAAGCGGAACACCUCUGUAGGGCGGGUCACAUCGUUCUCUCCCCCACGGCCUGGGAACUGUGCACACAGAGUCUCUACAACCACGAACUACUCGAAGACCAACAGCAUGCAAGGAUUCUUUCAUUUUGGAGGCCACGAAGGUCAAGCCGAGCGGAAACGCAAAGAGACGGGCCACUGUGGUUCAUGCGCAGGAGAAAAAUGGGCGGAGACUGGGGCGUAGCUAUCACCGGUAUCACAGCAGCCACCGCCUUUUCUGAGGGCGCGUCAAAGUCAUUGUUCACCAAACCAAUCCCCAUCGUCAAUGACGCAAGCACUUCCAAGAGCAAUGAUGACGAAACAAGCAACGAGGACACAAGCCCCGCCCCUACUGCGUCAUCAAGUCGGAGACACUCGGAACCAGUUCACCGUACAAUAUACGAGAACGGCGAGGAAAGUCACGCUCGACCGGGACGGCCAAAAAUGGGUCUUAACAAGUUGCGCAGUGUUGUAAAAACUGUAAAAGAGAUGCGAUUGGAUGAAUGUCUACGCUUAUAUAUUCUACAUCCAGUGUUGAAAAAGCUGGAUGACAAUCAGCCAUUGGAGUACUUAUCUGAAAUGAGAAACGUCACAGUGGUUUUCAUGAACUUGAUUCUGAAGGAAGAGCAAGACACUACCAAGCUACUACAGGACGUGUUCGAAGUGGUUUACCGCCAGUCCAAAGUCAUGCACGGUUGUUUGAAUAAAGUGUUCUUCUUUGACAAGGGCUGCACUUUCCUUUUAAUAUUUGGACUUCCUGGGUACAAACAUGAAAAAGAUUGUGCGCAUGCUCUAAUAUGUUCACAUAAAAUGAAGAGUAUUUUGGACAAACUAGCUGGAGUCAGUUCUGUGUCUAUUGGCGUGACAACAGGAGGGACAUUCUGCGGGGUAGUCGGAAACAAAAAUCGUCACGAAUACUCAGUCAUCGGAAGAAAGGUAAACAUGGCGGCGCGGCUGAUGAUGCACUACCCUAACAAGGUCACCUGUGGGGAGCGGACCUUCCAGCAGUCCCGCCUCCCCGCCAUCAACUUCCGGGUUCUGGGGGCCAAAAGGAUGAAGGGCCUACAGAACGUGGGGGUCAUCAGAGAAUACGUGGAGUCGUCGGAAACCUCCACCCAGGCCGUGGCAAAGAUACCACUGUUCCAGUUUCCACUGCUAGGUAGAGAGAGUGAGAUAGAGCUGAUAGACAAUGAAUUAAGGAGGCUGGUCAGUGGACAGGAGUACCCGGAUCAUUACAUCAUCAGCGGGGCCUCAGGGAUCGGCAAGACCCGCCUACUGGACCACUUCAUCCGCUUGGCCGAGACAAAGAAUGUCAAUGUUAUUUCCGGCGCUCUCCGACUCCAGCAUUUACACAUCUCCAAUUGUCUCAGUAACUACAUCUUCCAAGUGAUGCUUUCUUCAUCCGAGUUCUCGGAUCGCAUAGACACGGAACCGGAAAUCAUGAACGCCCUGGCUUCCCAUGACCUAGAUUCCAAACUUUAUCUUCUAAACAGUAUCCAAGGAUCAGCGUACCAAAAGCCAAAAGGAAUAACUGAGAGAGAAGGGGAUCUUCCAAAAAUUCUAAAAAUUAUCAUUGAAAAGUGCACGGCCAGACAGCCGGUGUUGGUGCUGGUGGAUGAUGCCCAGAAUGUGGACACCCUGUCCUGGAGGUUCCUGUGUUGGCUGAGGGAGAUGAGGGGGGUACUGAUCGUCCUGUCCUCUCGUCCCGCGGCGGUGGAGGUGCCCCCGUGUGACUUCGCGGAGCAAUACAUGGACAGUCCCAACGUCCGGGUGAUUGACCUCGGGGUGCUGGACACCCGUCACUUACCGGCGCUGGCCUGUCAGAUCAUGGAUGUGGUCAGGAUUCCGUCUGAACUCGAGGCAAUGUUACGUGAGCGGACACAAGGAGUCCCAUACUGGUGUGAGCAACUAUUAAUAGAUAUGACGGAGAAGAAACAGCUGAUUGUGACGUAUGAUGACGGGUCGUCCACGAUGAGGGAAAACACCAUAGCCCCCAAUGCAGCACAGCUGAAGAAGGUCUUCUCUGACCACAGCUUGGAGGAUGUAUUGGAUGAAAACGACAACGAUCAGAUCGAAUACAACAGGGUCAACUCAUCAUUCAGGGUGCAGGAUGAAGAGGUUAACAGACAGAAUCAGCCAACACCGGGAAUGUUGCUGGGUUAUUGCUUGACCUCCAUCAAAAAUAAUAAACCAAAAGUGAAAGUUGCAAUGUUUUCCCCUUUUGUCAACCCAAAGGAUAUAGAGGUCCCGCUUAUCAUGAAAGAGCUAAUCAUUGCCCGCCUCGACUCCAUGAGGGCAUCGGAACAACUAAUUGUGAAAUGUGCUGCUGUGUUGGGACAAACGUUCCCAAGAGAUAUGAUAGAAUACAUCUUACCAAAAGUACAGCGUGUCAAAGCUCGGAAGUCGUUCAAGCGCCUCAAGCAGAUUGGUAUCUUCGAGUGUGCCAAUAUUCCGACCGGCCGCGCGGCGCUACUGUUAAAAUCAAAUGGUUUGCACCCAGAAGCUUGUUUCUGUCCGAAGAUGGAGGACGAUUAUAAUGCAGAUCUUUGUAAUGUUAUGCGAUUCAAGAAUAACUUGUUACAGCAGACAGCGUAUAACAUUUUAAUGGAAAGCCAGAGAUUAGAUCUGCAUAAUAAAACUGUUGAAUAUCUCGAAAAUCAGGCCGAUGAGAUUCGAAAGAGAAUUCCGUACUACCUCCUCUACCGAAAGCCAAAAGACAGUCUGGACAAUAAGCAAGCAAGACGCCAUUCUCUUUUCUUUAGGAGAACCAGUAAAGUCUGUGCAGUUGACUUGGAUGAUAAGGAUCAAAACAUUCCGAGAAUGAGAAGACGGGGAGGCCUAUGUGUUCCGAAAGAGGACAUAGACCCAUUGAUAAAAGCAGUUUGCCAGUUGGACGACGGUCAUCAGAAGAUUGGUGAGCUUGUGAAGAUAUUAAUCCCUCUGUACCAAGAGAUGGCACGGCACAUGCGCGCUGCUAAGGAUUCGCAACUAGUGGUAGAAGUGCUUCUCGAACACGCAGCUGCUGUCAUACUGCUCAAAGAUGCGGAGAAAGCAAAGGAGAUCAUGGAUACUGUAGAUGAAUUAUUGCAAGAGAUAAGCGAUAAGAAAUUUACCAAUGAUGUCUCCCGGCUGUCCAAAAUUGCCCGAAUUCGUGGGAAGAUUUCCUAUUAUUCUGGAGAUUUAGAAGGGGCCCAAAGAUGGCUGCGACACGCCGCGAAGCUGUUGGGAAUCCAUCAACCCAUCACUGCUGUAAAAAUAUGGUGGUCUACAGUCCGAGCCGUGAUACGUUUACGGGCUCUCCGUAAUUCUCCCCUUACUAGAAGGCUCGCCACAGAUAAAACAUUGGAGCAGGGUUACUGCCUGUCGGAUUUACAGUGGCUGUAUAGGGAGACCGGAAACACCAGUCUAGCGUUCCUGACGACCAUUCAACAGAUGACAAAGGUCACAGGGAGAACGUGUCAUCUUCAUCAGGUUGUGGAAUCGUAUUCUGCACUUAUGAAAUUCUGCAAAAUUGAACACACGAAGAACAAACUAAAGGCAGAGUUGUUUGAAAUUUGUGCAUCGAGACACAAGGAAUUGAGUCCAAGUGAUCUGAUCAUGUUGGCAAGCAUGUAUACAGAUAUGGCAAUCAACCAUCUUAACUCGGGGAACCUGAAAAAAGCCCUCUCAUCCAGUACGGGAGCAUACGAGGUCUGUGACAGGUUGAACAAUCAGGAUAUUGGACUGGUGGUCUCCCCUGUGUUGGCUUGCUGUCUGAUACUUACCCUUAGAAAUGAUCAAUUUUCCGAGUUCCUACAGAGGCUGCGAUCGUUUAUCUGUUACUCAGACGGUAGGAUUCUCCGGGCCUGGUACUACACAUUCUGUAUGGAAAGGAUACUCAACGGAGAUUACCCACUACAGUCCGUACAGUGUUGUCUGGACUUCGUCACUAAUUACCUCCGAUCGCUUGAUGCCGUCACUAAUGAAUAUGUCCCCCGUCUCUUUCUUGCCAUGACAAUCGCUGUCUGGUUCUCACGGAAAGGCCGAUGGUCAUCCGCGCAAGUUUGGUUCGAUUAUUCGGAAUUGUUUGAAACAAGAAUUGUGUCCUUUCUCUCUCUUUACGCUUUGUCACGUAAAAUUGAAGUCAUGCUGCUUUCUCUGAAUACGUGCAGAGUGACAAAAUCCCAUAGCGCAUUGGAUCAAAUGAAGAGACAAAUUACCAGGGAUCUAAGGAGGCUUUAUAUCGGUUGCCACAAAAUUACAUCAAUGUUACCACGAUACUAUCACCUUAAGGCAUAUUAUUGUAUGCUGAAGAAAUCCAAAUGUCUCGCAAAGUGGUAUUUGAAGAAAGCUAGGAAGGUUGCUGAGAAACAUGGCAACUUGUUUGAAUUGGCUUGGGUGGAAAGACACCGUCGAGUGUGGAUAGAGAAGGUGGAUUUAUCUGAUCAAUGGACGGAUGUUAGUGAGACAACACAAUGCUGCUGGACACCGAGGCCAAAGGGGCCUCACCUUUAUACCUGGCCCAUAGUACCCCGGACUGUCAACAGAGAGAUGGAGUCAAUGCAGCAACAACCCGAUAAUUCAAUUACUUGAUCACAUACGUAUUUAACAUAUGUGAUGCAAAGCGUCCUGGUAAUUGUAUACAUGU